AUGUACUGGGCAUUGGCCAGCGAUCUCUGGGCCAUUAGCACCAACGCUACGCACAUCGGUGGCAAAAGCUUACUGUCCGCAAGCCCCCAGUUUGCCUUUUCAAACACGUCAAGCGCAUCGCUCUUGGCCCAAAACCUGACGCUGCCAAUGCCGUUGCUGCCUGGCUUGGUGCAACUCGCGUCCGCACUGGGACCCUUUGGGGCCAUCGACACUCAUCUCCUCGCACCACCAAGACUACUCUUGGACCUCCUUAACGAUAUCUUAAGUGCCGUCACCAUGCAGCUCGUCUCGAACGAGUUGGCGCAAGCCGAGUUUCUUUCGAUUCCUUCCAAGCCCAGUGUCUGCGAAGUACCUCCAUUCCUCUUAUCCGACCCUGCUAUCAUGCUCUUGGGCGGCAACCUCAUGUGCGGUGACGACUUGCCGCCCGAGCCUGCGAUUGGGCUCUACAGCGGCUUUGGGGCGUUCAGCGUCUGCAACGCCAACUUUUUCGAACUCAUGCAGCUAAGCACGAAGGAGCAGAUCUUCGCUUUCGCAGCCUUUCUCGCCACAACGGCUAUUGAGCCAGAAGACUACCAGGGUAUUUGCGACCUCGACAAGUGCUCUGGCGUAGCAUGUGCAGCCCAGUUUCGAGAUGUUGUCGGCUGGCUAGAACAAUACCCGAUUGUGACCCCCCGUGACCUUGUGUCGUCGGUGGUUCAGAGCAUCCUUCAACUCAAUCUCGAGACGACGCAGUACUUUUACGCGACCAAUGACACGCCCCAUGUCCAACUGUACCGUGUGCCGCUACUGACGCCGUCGGAGCGUCUCUGGGGCUUUUACGGCUGGUGCUUUUUGUACGAGUGGGCGACCGGUGCGCGCGAAGCCGUCAUAUUCACGGGUGACGCCGGUACGAUCACGUCACUCUCCCAGCGGACGCCGCCACUAAAGAUAAGCCCCGAUCCUGGCGAGGUGCCCGUGAGCUUUGCGUCGUUUUGUCAAGGGUGCAUUCUCUACGUCACGGGAUUGCUCAUUGCGGUGGCGGGGCUGGUGACCAUCUACAGUCUCAGCCUGCGUGGCCGCAUUGAAGCAUUCAAUCUCUUUGAGCUUAGCCGAAUCGUGGGCCACGUGUGGGCAGGUCGCCUCGUGCUUCUGCUACGUAGUUUGACGGCCAUCUGGAUCCUCAAUACGGCGCCGCUGCUCUUAACGCAAGUCGGUGCCGCCACCGUGAUGACGUCGACAUCACUGACGUGGUACAAGACGAUCCUGGCGGCCUCCGAGGUCUCGUGGCUCGUCUACGCCCUCAACGACCUCUUCAGCGUCAUGACGCAGCAGUACACGGCUACGUACGCGCCCAAGAGUGCCUUUUUAACGUGGUUUGUCGCGACUCUCUGGUCGUUUGUGUCGCCCGUCGCAGCUCGUGCUCAGCUGCAUCGGGACUGCUCCUUCGUGGACAUGGACGCGGGGAUUUUCUGCUCGAGUGCGAUGAUUUCCAUCGGCUCUACACGCGGCAGCAUCGCCUUGGUCGCCAUGGCGUUGGCGUGCAUCCUGCUCACGUAUGCUCUCGACCGGCUUCGGUUUCCUCAGCUACCACCCGUACAAGUACACUCGCUCUUGCUCAACGCGCAGAGUCUCUACUUGUUUGAUUGGACCGACUGGGCGAUCGAAGGCGAGUACUUCCUCGACAAAGCGUCAGCGCUCAUGGCCGGCGUGCUCUCGAUCGCGUACAACGACAACUUGUACAUUUUCGACAUCAAAACAUGGCGGUAUAUGACACUCCCAGUGCCCGUCGUGUCCCACGCCCUCGAUCCAUCGACGCGCGCCCGACUUCAGUCUGCGCUGCCGCUUGGACGCAUCUAAUGCUGGCGAUCGCAUACAGCACGAGCCCAUCCAAGCACAUCCAUGGCAUUUUCCUAGAGAGCGCUAGUCUAGGCGAAGCAAAGCCAAGUCUCAUUCGAUAUAAUGC